AUGACUCAUCCCUACUGCUCCAAUGACUUCAAUGCUUGGUUUGACCUCAAUUCUCCAUGUCUCAUCUCUUCUUCUUCAUCAUCACCUUGCUCCAGCCCACCAUUUUAUCUCCCUUCUAGUUAUCAUCAUAACUGCACAAGUGAUAUCUCUUUCUCUCAGCAUCAAUCUUCUCCUCCCUCUCCUCCUCUAAAAGAAGCCCUUCCUCUCCUUAACUUAAGCCCAGAAAAAGGUGAAGAUCUUGAAUCUUCCUUCAGUGCCAUGAAAGUGAACAAGGAGAAAGAGAGAGAACUAAGCAUAUCAUCUAACCGGUCUUUGAAUGAUGAUACUGUGACGGUGGCUUUGCACUUAGGGCUUCCAAGCACAACUUCAGCUGAUUUAACUUCAAACGUAUACUCCACGGAGAUUUCAGACAAAGAGAAAGUCACGGUUGCUUCUGAGUAUUCACCAACGACAAUUAACAGGGGUCAGUAUUGGAUCCCUACCCCAGCUCAGAUUCUGAUUGGUCCAACACAGUUUUCAUGCCCCCUUUGUUUCAAGACGUUCAACAGAUACAACAACAUGCAGAUGCAUAUGUGGGGGCAUGGAUCUCAAUAUAGAAAGGGGCCAGAAUCGCUAAGGGGAACGCAACCAACAGCUAUGCUUAGACUACCUUGCUAUUGCUGUGCACCAGGGUGCAAGAACAACAUUGAUCAUCCACGAGCAAAGCCACUCAAAGACUUUAGAACCCUUCAAACCCAUUACAAGAGAAAGCACGGAAUCAAGCCUUUCAUGUGCAGAAAAUGUUGCAAAGCAUUUGCUGUGAGAGGUGAUUGGAGAACUCACGAGAAGAACUGUGGGAAGCUUUGGUAUUGCUCUUGUGGGUCCGAUUUUAAGCACAAAAGAUCUCUUAAAGAUCAUAUCAAGGCUUUUGGGAAUGGACAUAAAGCUUAUGGAAUCGACUGUCUUGAUCAAGAUGAUGAAGCGGGCUCUGAAAUUGAGCAAGAAAAUGAAUCUUUAAUUUCAAGUCAUAAUUGA